CCAUGGCCAUGGCGAAAUUCCUUGCUUUGUCCAUCAUGAUCACAUUGGUUGCCAUCUGCAUGCUCCAAGAACCCACUCUUGCUUUACAAGGAAGACAUGGCUCUAAUGACUACUUCCUCCAGAACCAUGGCCAUGGCAAUCUGCAUCAAAGCCGUAAGUCAUUUCUCUAAAGUUAAUAUAAUGUGCAUGCAUGUAUGCUACCAUACGUUAAUAAUAAAAAUAAAAAAUAUGGGACAGAGUGCAAACAAGAGUGCGACCGGAGGUGCUCCAAGACCAAACACCGGAAGCCGAGGUGCAUGUCGUUCUGUGAACCAUGCUGUGCAAAGUGCCGGUGCGUGCCUCCCGGAACCUCCGGCAACAAAGAAAAAUGCCCUUGCUACAACAACUGGAAGACCAAGGAAGGAGGCCCUAAAUGCCCUUAAUCCCCCCGGAGGGUCGUCGGACUACCUGCCCUAAUAAUUAAUAUGCACCCGGCCUACUAUAUAUUCAUGCAUUGUUAUCCAGUCGCUCGGUUCACCAAAAUACUUUCUCUUUUAUUUUUUUUCCUCUUCAAUCAGAACAUUUCCAUUUUCCAUAUACAUAUAUACUACAUGUAUCAUGUAUGAGAGCUAUUUUUAAUUACGUUAAGGUCUUGUUUGAAAUCAUGGAGUAAUUAUUUUUUUUUCAAUUAGUGCUAACGUACGUUUUGAUGAUUUUUUAAUAGUGCAAAUUAACUUUAGAAAUUUUGACAAUAAACGUUAUCGUUAAAU